AUGAUGCCCCAGGAAAGCCAGGUGCAGCUAGAGCACCUCUGGGGACAAACAGAGGCCGACGAGGAAGCACACUGGCCAGAGGGCCACUUACCUGUCCGCUCUGGCACCUCCCUCUGGCCCAGCCACAGUCCUGCGAGGGGGGAUGUAGACGGUCCCGUCUGUGGGGCUGAGGAGUGGAGAAGGGGGGCGACGAUCCCAAAGGCGUCCCUGCUGGAGACCACUGCGCAGCGCCACCUCGGCUCGCGGCUGGGGGAGUUCAGCGCGUCCUGUGCGACUCCACUGGAGAGGACGCUGGAGGCUGGUCCCGGGACUUCACCACCCACCUCCUGGCCACUUCGCGGUGGCAAAACCAGUCCCGGAACCCAGUCGGGCAUCCUCGGUGUGGAUGGCCGAGACAGGCGGUGGCACGCAGGGCCCCACUCAUCGCUGCCGCACCAGCCGCAGGACAGGGACUGGAGUCCCGCGGCCGGGCUUCCAGCUGUGCUGGGCGGCACCAGCCCUGGGAACGGGGGCUGA